AUGACGAGAAGAACGAGCCCCGAGACCAUCCGGAAAGAACUGGAGCCUAGACUCUCGGCCGGAGCUUGCAUUCACCUCACCGAAUCCGAAGAGUUUGGGAAAUCAAAUCUGCGAUUUACAGACUAUGAGCGUCCGACGUAUCUUGCGGCUGUUGAGCCGACGUGCGAAGAGGAUGUGAUUCAGGUCAUGAAAUACGCCCGAGAAAGGGGCAUUCCGUUUGCGCCCCGGUCAGGGCACCAUGCUGUCACUACAACGAUGCGGCAUCUAAGAGACGGAGUCCUCAUUGACAUGCGUCCGCUGAACAAGUUGGAAUUUGACGCCGAUGAGAGACAAGUAACCGUCGGCGGAGGCGUCAUAACGGACAACUUUGUCAAGUAUCUUGAGUCGGUUGGGAUGGAAGUUAACGUUGGAUCCUGCCCGACUACGGGUGUCAUAGGUGUGGCAUUCGGAGCCGGUCUCGGCCGUCUACAAGGCAAAUAUGGCUUCUUGCACGAUAAUAUGGUGUCUUGUAAGAUGGUACUCGCCGACGGUAGUGUCGUUCUGGUAUCCAAAGACUCGAAUCCCGAACUAUUCUGGGCUAUUCGUGGAGCCGGGCACAACUUUGGCAUCGCGGUAGAGGCUACGUUCCGCGUAUAUCCACAGGCAAACAAGGGCAUCCACUACACUUGGGACCUGGAGUAUACUGUUGAGCAGUGUGACUCAGUUUUUGAGACUCUCAACAACGUCCAUGAAGUCAUGCCAGCCAAUCUGGCCAUCUUCGUGCUGUGGGUUCGCCAGAGUGAAGGUGGAAGGAAGCAUCACAUACUCGUCAAUCUUGUUUGGUCUGGCCCCGAAGCCGAGGCAGACACCUGGAUCAAACAGUUCGAAGACCUGAAGCCCGUUAUUGACAGCGGAAAGGUAACAACAACCUGGGCUGACCUCCCGUGGAAAACAUACAAGGGCAUGAACAACGUUCUCAGCAAGCCAGAGGUCUGGUCCAAAGCGCCUUACAAAAUGAUGGGGGCUGCUUGCGUGGAGGAGUUUGACCUCAAGACCACCCGGGCAUUCUUUGAGAGUGUCAGGUCCAUGAACGAAGAAUGGGCGGGCAAGGGCUUCUUCGGAGCCAUAAUGCUCAUGGCGACGCCUCUGAAGCUUGAGUUCAGAGAAAGGUUCGAGGAGCACCUUGACCGGUGGAAGAAGGAGUUCAUCGCAACAUCGGGUUAUGGUCGACUGCAGCAGUACGUCAACUAUGGCAACACAACAUCUUCGAUGAGAGAUCCCCCAGAAGCUUUGUAUGGGUACGAGCCGUGGAGGCUAAAGAAGCUGCGCGCGCUGAAGCAUCGUUACGAUCCUAAGAAUGUAUUUUGCUGGUAUCAACCAUUGGUAGAACCCGAGGCUCCAGAUGUUGCAAAUGCCAUUUGA